UUUCUGGCGUAAAGAGGAGGGGUCCACCGCGGGCAUAAGGCGAAAAAGAAUAAGAGAGAAGGAUCAAGUCACCGUUCCAGUCUAGCCAGACGGCCAGUGAUCCUCCGAGUGGCAAGGGCGCAACAUCCCAGUUGAGAGACGCGCGCCCCCCUCGUCCUCUCAUAAGCCGUUUUAAUGUUUGUUAUUAUCGUUGGGCUUUGAUUGUUUUUUGCUCUUCGCGUGCUAUUUCAAUUCGCAGUCAACUUGGUUACUUUUAUUAUUUGGUUGGGAAGUAUUCAAAAAUUUUUUUUAAGACAAGAAAAGACAUUGGUCGUUGAAAAACAAAACAAAAAAAAAAAUAGUGUGCUGUCUGGAAUUUCACCGCAAUUCUCAAGCCGGUACCGCGAGAAAUGACAAUACCCGGUUGGCAUCGAGGCCGGUUAUUAUUGUGGGUGCUGGCCACCGCCUUCAUCGCUGCAACCGUUGACAGUCAUUUGGAUGCAGACCAUGGACGAUCGACGCGACAUAAAAGGCAACAUCGAGGCAGCAGAUCGUCGUUUAUCUUGACAGAUUUCGUCGGCGUGCCGGAUCCAGAAGCGGAUGUCAUUAGCCUACAAUCUACAUUGGAAUCGGGCAUCUGGUCCGAGUGGUCCGAUCAGUCGGAAUGCUCUCGUACAUGUGGCGGAGGCGUAUCGACCCAGACCCGUGAAUGCCUACAGCGAGGCUUACACGAGUAG